GUGGGGGAAGGGGGCGGAGAAAACGCGAGCGCGUGAACAGCUAUGUGUGGCGUACGUACAAUACGCUUAUUUUGAAUAUAUACAUAUACAUAUGUAUGUAUGUAGUGUUGUUGUCGGCCUCGCGCGGCGGCGUGUUUGUCGACACGCGCACACGUACACACGCACACGUACACACGCACACGCGCUGGCCAACAAACUCUUCUCGGGGGCGCCGCCUCGGUAUCAGCCGCAGAAUUCCGCGCGCCGCCGUUAUCAAUUUUUUCGCAAAAACAUAAACAUGCCCUGCCGGGUCUAGACGGACAGCUGUUUUCGUUGUAGUGUUCGGGCCGCUCGAUCCCCGUCACUCGUCCGUGGUUAUUGGCUCGACGAUUUUUUAUUUUACACGUUUUUUUUCCCCGAUUGGAAAUCGCUUUCUCGACUGUUGGCCACUACCGUACGGAAAAAAAAUUAUCAACGCCCAGCCGGCGUCGUCGACUGUCGUUCUUUCGUUUCGCGUUUUGACUUAUCGUUUUAUCGUGCUCGUUUUGCGGUAUAUGUUUAACGCGUACUUUGCGUUUUACUUUCGUCUCCAACGGUCGAGCUUUGUGUUAUUUUUUUUCUAAUUCGAAUAUUAUAUUUCGAGCAGAGCUGUGGCCGUCGGGAGGAGAUCAAUAUUGUUCUCGUUUUGUUUAUUAUAGGUACUUUUUGUCGUUAUUGAUUAUUAUCAGAUAUCUAUUAUCCAUCUAUUGGUUUUGUUAAUCGGACACGUCGUGUACUAAAUCACAAGUGGCUCUGAUGUGUGUUUUAGUUGCGGACCUUCUGUCUUUUACUCGGGUACUUAUUUCGUGAGUGGGUUCGUUAAUUCACUUUUUCGUGUCAUUCGAUUUAUUUUCGUAGGUAUUGUUCGGAUCUUAUUCUUAAGUUCCGUGAUAAAUUUAUUACGAUGAAUUCCACGGACGACGAAUAUUGGAAUGAAAAAAGUUUUGAAGGAUUUAGCUUUGCAGAUGAGGAAAAGGAAUUGAAUUUACCUAAGAAAAUUCCACCAGAAUGUGAAGGUUUACAAAUUGGAUCAACAAAAACUAAAUUAGAAAAUGUUGAAUCAUUGGAUAAAUUACUCUCAAAAGAAAUUUUAGAUAAAAUAUUUAAAAAGCAUGAUUCAAAGUCACAUAAAAUAAAUUCAACUCAAAAAAAACUUAAUUUUGUAAAAUCUACAAUAGAAAAUAUUGUUAUGUCUUUUACAUAUACAUUAGAACCAUAUCGCAGCUUAGAAGAAAAAACAAUGUUGUUGAAAGAAGCUUUGGAUACAGAAGAUGGAAAUGCAAUACUGACUGUUGUUAUAUUUUUAACAAACACUUUAAAGAAAAGUAUUUUCCAGCGUAUAUUACGUGAUAAUCCUAUUGCUGCUUCUCAUUAUGUUCAAUAUUUGUACUCCAAACAAUAUAUCAAUGAAUUAGUCGACACUUUAGAAAUGUUGGGACGAACAAAAGAUGCAAUGAUGAUGCUAUUCAAAUUUGGAUGUCGAAAUCCUCAAAACUGCUUGCAGAGAUUUAAUGUAUGUGUUAAUCUAGCUGAUGAACAAUAUGAUAAGCAAAUUAUAUCACAACUUAUUCAUUUAGUUGGAAAAAGUGCAGAAUCCACGUCAGUUGUUUCGCUGAUAUCUGACAAUUGUAAGGAGCAACAAAGCAUUCAAUCUUGUCGUGUGUUGGCUAAUGAAUUUAACCUAAGUACUAAACAAUUAGAAGCUACAUUGUUAAUAACAUUUUGUCAACUACAAAAUUGGAUUCUUGUGGAUGACAUGUUAUUAAACAAAAAUUGGCUUGGAAAGGAUAAAUUGGCCUUAUCAUUACCUAUUGGUGAAACCGUUAAGCUAUUACACAAUAAUGGUGCUCCAUCAUCUUCAUUAACUCGUUAUAUAAAAAUGAUUAAAGAUUCAGAUGAACGUUUAGAAUUGGCAAAGAAAUUCAAUUGUCACCAUAUAAUUAUUGAUGAUUUUGCAUUAAAAAAAGAUCGUAGAGGAUUAUUAGUAUAUAAGACAACUUUACAAAAACAAUCCGAAAGCUAUUAUUAUGCUGAUGUAAUUUUAAAAAAUCCAAGUAUGAAGUGGAAAAAUUAACAACAUUAGUUUAUAACUCGUUAGUCAUUACCAAAUUAAUAACACGUUAAAACCUUUGAACAAAAAUAAGACUGAGACAGAUUAUUCAUGAUUUAUUAAUUAUUCGCUUAUGUGUGUCAUAUCACUUAAUUUUAUGCAAAAUUUAUUUUUCAAAUUAAAACAUUUAUGAUAUAUUUUUUUAUGAUUUAUGUUGUAUACAUUUAAAAAUAUGCACAACUACCAAUUGUACACUGUUACUAAGAUACAAUAUAUUUCAGAGAAUCUACUUAUCAAUUAUUAUUAUUAUUUUUUUGUUAUUUUAAUGGAAAAUUGUGUACACAAGCUUAGUAAAGUAAACUGUACAACUUAUUAAAUGGGUCAGUGAAACCUUAUGGUAGAAAACUAACUGUUGUUUUACUAUGGCUUUUUACGCUCUAUUUGAUUCCACUGUGGUUGUGCUACUUGUAUGUUACACCUAUGCUUUUGGUUCAGUUGUUUAUACACAUUCUAAAGAAAGGUUUAUAUUUGUUGAGGUGUAAGUCCAUUUUUAUUUUUUUUUAUGGAUAUAACUAAUAAUCAAUUUGAAAACUUUGAAUCUGAAGAAAAUCAUGACAGUGCCACGCCUACAACAUAUAAAAGGAAAAUCUUUGGACGUCAAAAAACUCUAUCGGAGACUUCAAUCUAUAACCCCAUUGACCCACAAGAACGGAAUAAAAAUAGAC